AUGGCUCCGUUGGAUAAACUGCCUCCAGACUCGGAGGGAGAGGCUGCAGGCUCACUGGAAGUUGAUGCGGGUGGAGGUGGAGAGGGGUUUGGCACUGGCAAUGGGGAGGGUGUUGGCAUUGGCGAUGGGGAGGGAGUUGGCACUGGCGAUGGGGAGGGUGUUGGCACUGGCGAUGGGGAGGGUGUUGGCACUGGCGAUGGGGAGGGUUUUGGCACUGGCGAUGGGGAGGGUUUUGGCACUGGCAAUGGGGAGGGUGUUGGUACUGGCGAUGGGGAGGGUGUUGGCACUGGCGAUGGGGAGGGUGUUGGCACUGGCGAUGGGGAGGGUGUUGGCACUGGCGAUGGGGAAGGUUUUGGCACUGGCGAUGGGGAGGGUGUUGGCACUGGCGAUGGGGAAGGUUUUGGCACUGGCGAUGGGGAGGGUGUUGGCACUGGCGAUGGGGAAGUUUUUGGCACUGGCGAUGGGGAAGGUGUUGGCACUGGCGAUGGGGAAGGUGUAAGGGGAUGUAAGGAAAGGUACAGAUUGCACAGGGAGAGGAAGUGA